AAAAGAAUAAAAUCGACAAGAAAAACCUCUCUCUCUCUCAAAAGAAAUACAAAGCAAAACAUAUUAUUAGUUUCUUCUAAUGGCGGAACCAAUUCCAUCAUCAUCGGCUCUUUCACCGAAAUCACUGCAAUCUAGUAAUCCUAUGGAAGCUUCUCCUGCAUCCUCUGCACCUCCACCUUCUUCAUCAUCUCAGCAACAGCAACAACACAUGCCAGCUCCUCCGAUUUCGAAUUCUGUUAAUUCGGCUGCGUCUCCGGCGAUGACUGUUACUACGGCGGAAGGUGUUGUCAUCCAAAACAAUUCGCAACCCAACAAUAUCUCCUCUCCCAACCCUACUUCGAAUUCGAACCCACCCGCUGGACCUCAGAUCCCGUCUCCUUCUCCUCUCUCUCAUCCUUCUUCUUCAUCUUCUCUGGAUCAGCAGCAAACUCAGGCUCAGCAGCAACUCAAUCAUCUUCAGCAAAACCAAAAUCAGAAUCAGCAAUUGCCUCAACAACAACAACAGAUUAUGCAGCAAAUCUCUUCAUCUCCGAUUCCACAGCUAUCGCAACAACAGCAGCAGAUUCUUCAGCAGCAACAUAUGAGCCCACAGCAAAUUCCAAUGUCGAAUUACCAAAUCGCUCAAUCUCUUCAGCGAUCCCCUUCUAUUUCUCGCCUCAGCCAAAUUCAGCAACAACAACAGCAGCAACAUCCAGGUCAAUACGGCAACGUUCUGAGGCAGCAAGCUGGCUUGUACGGGACCAUGAACUUUGGCGGCUCAGGUUCUGUUCAACAGAGCCAGCAGAAUCAGCAGCUGGGUAACCCUAAUUUGUCCAGAGCAGCUCUGGUUGGCCAAACCGGUCACUUGCCAUUGCUUAACGGUGCAGCUGGAGCAGCUGCUCAGAUGAAUAUUCAACCCCAAUUAUUGGCUGCUUCGCCGAGGCAGAAGUCUGGCCUGGUUCAAGGAUCGCAAUUUCAUCCGGGGAGUUCUGGGCAACAGUUACAAGGGAUGCAAGCUAUGGGAAUGAUGGGAUCACUUAAUUUGACCUCGCAAAUGAGAGGUAACCCUGCUCUCUAUGCUCAGCAGCGAAUCAACCCGGGACAGAUGAGACAGCAAUUGUCACAGCAAAACGCUCUUACUUCACCUCAGGUCCAGAACCUCCAGAGAACAUCUUCUCUCGCAUUCAUGAAUCCUCAGCUAUCGGGUCUGGCACAGAAUGGACAAGCUGGUAUGAUGCAAAACUCCUUGACGCAGCAGCAAUGGCUGAAGCAAAUGUCUGGAAUAACUAGCCCCAAUUCAUUCCGACUCCAACCGAAUCAAAGGCAGGCUCUAAUCUUACAGCAACAGCAGCAGCAACUGCCCUCUGGUCAGUUACACCAAUCAUCUAUGUCCUUAAAUCAGCAGCAGAUAUCACAGAUAAUACAUCAGCAGCAGCAACAAUCACAAAUAGGCCAGGCGCAGAUGAGCCAAUCCCAGCAACAGCAACAAUUACAACAGAUGCAGCAACAACUCCAGCAGCAACCACAACAGCAGAUGCAGCAACAACAACAACAACAAAUGCAGAUUAAUCAACAACAGCCAUCUCCACGAAUGUCGAGUCAUCCAGGGCAAAAAUCUGUCAGCUUAACGGGUUCACAACCAGAUGCUACACAAUCGGGUACAACAACACCAGGUGGUAGCUCAAGCCAGGGAACAGAAGCAACAAACCAACUCCUUGGUAAAAGAAAGAUACAGGAUCUGGUUUCGCAGGUAGAUGUACAUGCUAAACUGGAUCCUGAUGUUGAAGACCUCCUUUUGGAGGUAGCAGACGACUUCAUUGAUUCGGUGACAUCUUUUGCAUGUAGCUUGGCUAAGCAUCGUAAAUCAUCCGUAUUGGAGCCCAAGGAUAUAUUACUCCACCUAGAGAAGAACUUGCACUUGACAAUUCCUGGAUUCUCGAGUGAGGAUAAACACCAAACAAAAGCCGUAGCAACUGAUCUCCACAAGAAGCGACUUGCAAUGGUGCGUGCUUUACUAGAAUCCUCGAAACCAGAGACGAAUGCAAGCAACACCAAGGAAAGUAUUAGACAAGUGAUGGUGAACCCAAAUGGUCCAAAUCAUCUCUUAAGACCAUCAGCAAGUUCAGAGCAAUUGGUUUCUCAAACGUCCGGUCCUCACAUGUUGCAACAUAUGACACGUUAUUAAAGUACUUGAAUUUAAAAAAAAGUCUGAGCCAGCUCUCACUGCUAUGUUCAUCUUCUUGGUUUCAGGAAUUUAGACAUCAAUGGAGAGAGUGAAGGCACAAAAGGUCAAACUGUAUGUAUUAUAUAUAUAAUUCACGAGUCUUAUAGGUAAUCAAAUAAAACAAUGAUUCUUUCAUAGUUGGGACUUUCUUCUACUAGCUAUUUACUUCUUUUUUUAGUGAGGAUUUUGUUUUUGUUCUUUGUGUUUUUUAGUUGACCACUUCAUUUUAAGCUUGAAAGUUUUAGUC